AUGGAUAACAACUUGAACGACAUUGGAGCACAUCCAGAGAGAAGAGGUGACGAGGAUUUGCCAUUGAUUCCUAUUAGCCCUGCCCUAAAUCGGAGCCAUCGAGCCAAAGCACUGAGUCAGCUGUCUCUCCAUUCAGAGGGGAGCCUUUUGUUUGAUGCCACCUUUGAUUGUAAUGAUGCUGAAUUACUGGUAUGUUUGAAAAAUCUAAAUAUAUCAAUGAAAGUAAUUGCUCAUUAUCAGUCAAUGCUUGAAACAGAGUUCCGUGCUUUUGAAGUAACCGGCUUGCAUUUUAAGAACAUGCAGUUUUUGCGCUCUGAUCUCGCUUGUUUUUAGCGAGAGCUGUUUUGUUGUUGCACGAACUAACACUCAUGAUUAAAAACAUCACAAAAUAGUGACGUUGAGAUCAUUUUUGCCAGAUGAGCUUGUGUGUUUAUAAGCAUGAAACAGUAGAGAAGAAGUCAUUCUAGAAAGUUGUUAAACUGAAUUUUUAAAAUACGGUUCGGCAUAACAUUGCCUUUGGCUGUAAUCAUAUUUUACCUGAAGGAUUUUUGUGUAAGCGUACAAGCCGAUCUAGAAAAGUUUGAACAGCAGUGACACUCAACGUUCGUAGGUUUUCACACUUGAUUGGUGCCGCAUGCAAAGUAAAGCCGAUUGAUGCUGAGUUUCCGGCUAAGAGUAUGCGCAAUACGUUUUGCAGAACAGGACAGCAGAUCUUAAUUUGUCAUGGCUAAGGCGAACAAUAACUAAGAUGCUCUUUUGUUUCUGCAGGUGGAUGACAGUGUAGAGCAUCCCGACAAGUUACAUUUGGCGUCCUGGUGUGGAGACGAAAAAGAAGUCAGAAACAUGAUAAACAAAGCAGGUAACGAGAAAUAUUAUAAUGUUAUAUACAUGUACCUGCAUUGUAUUACUUCGUACGCGUUCAAGAAUAUAUAUGCCAUUUGAAAGGUCUUUAGUCACCAAAAGGUAGAGAAAAGCAUAAGAAUAAAUAGUGCUUGUAAAAAAUGUUUAUAAACCAAGAAAAAAUGAAAUUUAGAAAAGAAAAAUGUACAAAGAAAUUGGAUAUCGAUUGAUGUUUCUGGGUAACUGACCGACUACCCCUCCCCUCAAUAAACAUGAACACUUCCCUCUUGCUUAGGGAAAAAAUUGUGGAGGUGUAGUGAUCAUGCAGUUACCCAGAAACUUCAACUGAUCCACAAACUGAUAAAAUAAGUAAGACAGGGUCAGCCUCGUUCCUAGUCGUCCUCGGUCGGAUGUGACGUCACCUGUAAAGCUUGUCGGCAAACGCCUGGGAACGAGGCUGAGACAGGGCUAAAUUUUUCUGCUUCAACUACCAAGAACGUUAACAAAACUGCCUUCAGCGUUUUAUUGAGAAGUUAUUUUUUUUAGAUGUUAACCAACUUGACAAGUCAGGACGGACUGCUCUCCAUAACGCCAUCUUAGGGGAUCACGUAAACAUAGUGGAGAUUCUCUUAGAGGCAGGUGCUGACACAACACUUCUGGAUAGGAGCCAAGAGGCACCUCUUCAUACUGCGGUUCGCACUGGGAACGAAAACCUUGUUAAGGUAAGAAUCACAGGGAUUCUAAGAAGCUUUUAGUCCCUGAUUUGACCUUAAAAGAUGGAGCACUUUUUAAGGCCGAUAUUUGCAUUAAUAAAGCUCUUGAUUGGGGAUUGCAUAGUAUAAAAAUAGCCUAGCACAAUAUCAUUUUUGAUCUGAGCGGCUUGUACGGGGAUAUUGCGAUUACUAAAAGAAGCAUUCAAAAUGUAGCCGAUUGUUGCUUCCACGUGUACUGCGCAAUCUGUACUGAAUCUUUCGAAAAAAACAACAACAACAAUCAAGCAGAAAAGAAAGAGUUUAGCUCCUCAAUAGACAAACGUUAAUGACGUUGCGUCUACAUCACACAAUUGUUCAGUCUAGAACUACAGUAGCCUUUUUUUAUUUCGGACAAUAAAUGCGAAGAGAUUUUGUUAAGAAAUUUUUUUUUCCUGUCAAGCACCUAAUUCUUUGAAAAAAUCCACUCUUGUGUAUGACCGAGUGUGAUUUUGAUAUUUAUAUAUAGAAACGAAAAAAUUGAGAGAGAAAAUGCCGUUAUUUGAAGGAGUGAUGUCACAAGGAUGUUGCCGUUUAAGGCCAAAUUUGUUCAUAAGUCAUUACUGAUAAAAGUACCUUUAUCCAUGCACACUCCACUCCGGUAGAGUUUUAAAGAAGAUAUCAAACAAAUGUCAUCAUGGAACACUAACCAUAAUAUUUUUAUUGAACUUUGCAGGUAACGCAUUGAAAAGAAUCCUUUUCCUUUCUUUUUCAAUCCACAUGCAUCCCUGCCAUCCGUAACAAAAGAAAGGACAGGAAACAGUUUCAAUGCCUAGUGUUAUAUAACAAACGUGAACCACUUUUUUUAUAUAAAGACAUUUUCAACCUUUUUAAAAAUAUAGCAAAUACCGUGUCAGCCCCUUUGAAGGGAGUAAUCCGAAUACAAUUUGAUUUUUUCGUUUUUUCUGAUAACUGAACCUAUUUUUCCUGCAUUCUCUAGGCUUUUCUUAGUCGCGAAGAUUGCAACCCUGACAUAACUGGGAAAGCAUCUCAGACACCACUUCACAUCGCAGCUAAGAUGGACAAAGUUUCUAUCUGCAAAUUUCUGGUAAGUGGCAAAAUAGGUAUUGUAGGUUUACUAUACAAGUACCUUGCGAAGAUGUCAAUAGCUUCGUGUAGCCUGAGAAAACAGGUAUCCCACAUUCCGCAACGUCACCACUGGUUUCCCUGUGUAGUGACGUCUGAAGGAAGAACGCAGAAAUGCAUAUUGGUGAUGUGUUACUUGUCACUAACCAGAUAUGGGUAGUGCUUCUCACUGGUCAUUCCGCGAAGGAAAUUUGCCUCAGCAAAUCAGAGGCAUUACCCAUAUUUGGGUAGUGACACGUCUGUCAGACGGAAUUUCUUCAAUGUCGGCUGCUUUCUCAGGACGGUUAGCUAAUGGGAAGUCGAUCGUCUAGUGAGGUAUUAAAAAAAAACGCAAUCAAGCAUACAAAGCUAAUCUCCCCAUCGCGAUUUUUUCGCUCGAAUAUAAUGCAUAGAAAAUGAAACAAUUUCUGACUUUUGCUGUGAAAAUACUUUCCGAGAGUCUCUUUAUUUUAAAUCACUCAGAAGCAUAAAUAAAAUGGUUUCCACGCCCUAUAUUUACAAGAUACUAAAAUUCACCCAUAGAUUUCAGUAUUUAAUAGCGCUGUUCCUCAGUUGUGUGUGAUAGUUUCCUUUGGGAGGGAUCAAAUCGACAGAGUUCUCCAAGCUACAAGAGGAGAGAUACAAUUUUCUCGUCUGCCCUCUUACUUCCUAUUUUUUUGGCUCUUGCUACAAUCAUCCGGCAAGUCUCAAUACAUCUGUACAUGUCUCAAUACAUCAUUUAGAUCGAUCACGGUGCUUCUCCCGACUGUCGUGAUGACGAAGAAAUGACACCGCUGACACGAGCCGUAGAACAAGGAGCCUGCACUGUUGCGGAGUUUUUAUUUGAAGACGGUAAGCAAUUCAGUAAAAGAAAAAGUAAUGCGAUUAACCAAGCAUUCCGGCUUCAGUCCGUAAAUAGUGAUUAACUAUUGUGAUGACAAUUUUUGGCUUUUCCACUGUCAUUUUACGUGGAACAAAAGCACUCGCUUUCAAAUGGCUGGCUAAUGUUUAAUCCAGCCUGCAUUGAAAGUGAAAAAGAUCCUCUUCAGCCCCAAAGUGCCAAUGCAGCCAUACAGGUUAAAAUCCGAUUCAGCAUCUCCUGGAUCCAUUUGAGCAUGAUUUAAAUCCCCAUCAAAAGCCUAUUUCAGACCAUGCUGGGAUUCAUCUCAGCCUGUGGGUGCAAAUCAGCCCUCGGUAAUUGGGCUGUAGAGACCCUGAUUAACGGAGCCAAAUUAGACCCCAAAACAAGACUGUUUCUCACCGAAAUAGUCCCGUUUUUAGGGAUAAAACAGAUCUUUCUUCUUUACAAUGUGGGAUUAUCUGAAGAUCUAUUUUACUGUCAGACACAAACGCUGCCAAAUCCCAGUUCGAGAGACAAUUGUUAAAUGAUUCCUGAUAUAAGAUUGUGAGAGUUAUCUUUAAACAAAUUUUCCUUCUAUAACAUUACUACAAAGGUUGGUAGUCGGAAUUUUACUAUUUUAUUUGUUGUAUUGAUAUAUCUCACAUGUUGGCAAAGAUUUGCCUUAAAAUCUUAUGGUUGAUUACAGUACUUAUUUACUUAUAUUUGCUUCGUUCAAAGCUAAAACAAGGGAGAAAGAAAUGGUGAAGGACGUGCUUACUAAUGUGGACUCUGACGGCAGUACUUUGCUCCACUUAGCAGUCGACAGUGAAAGUUGUGCGGUGAGUACUUUUUUUGCUCAGCAAUUUUCUUUUAACUGCGAUUCCUCCUUGCGUUUAAUGUUGAUUGUUUGACCCUUCUACUUCCUUUCAGGUCGUGAAACUUUGUCUCAAAAAUGGAUCUAUCAUUCGACAGCCAAAGGUAAUUGGCAAAGAGUAACUAAACAAGUCUUAGCACAGUAAUUCAUUGAUAUGUUUAAGUUUGAUAAUAUUGCUAGUCGCGCUGAUGGCCCUUUUAGUAAUUAACUGCAAUAUAGCCUAUUGUGAAUAAUAAACAGAAAAAAAGAAUAAUAAAAAAAGACUGAAAAGAAGUAAAAGGAGCGCCGGCGAGAGAGUAGGAAAACCCAUGACUCCAUCUUGGUACUGCGCUUUGUUCGUAAGGGGACAUGCACUGCGUAGUUUAGGAGGAAAAAACCUUACCCUUUCUAUUUUAUCCGGCACUUUAUUUUCAUGUCACCCCGGAAUCAGCUUGUCUUAGAAUGGUUAAAGAAUCUGCCUAAAAUAGUUGGUGUUUUUGGAAGGUAUUUUCUUAGUGCAAGCUUGUUAAAUGGAAUGAUUUCUGUUUAAUCAUUGAUUCAGGAUCAUGACAGGAGCACUGCAUUUCACUUGGCAUGUGCUGUGGGAGCCCUGGAGAUAGUUAAGCUGUUUGCAUCUAAGGAUCCACAAAUUUGUCGAAUAACCCUUAUCGAUGCACAAGGUUGGACACCAUUACACCUAGCAGCUCUCAAAAAUCACCCAUAUGUCUUAAAGUACCUUUUGGAACAGGUUAGUUCAUGAACACAGAGUGAUAAUGAUGUUGAUGAUAACAAUGAUGAUGAUGAUGAUGAUAAUGAUGAUAAUGAUGAUGACAAUGAUGAUGGUGGUGGUAGUGGUGGUGGUAGUGGUGGUGGUGGUGGCGGUGGUGGUGAUGAUGAUGAUGAUGAUGAUGAUGAUGAUGAUAAAAUGGAGAAGGCAGCGGAACAAGAUAGCGAUGAAGUAUGGCGAUAUUUACCGGUAGAGCUCCAGAUGAACAAGCGAACUUUGAAAAAGUUGUUGACUAAAGAAUACAGCGAAAUCUAAAUUUUUGGAAAUACUUAUGCUCUCGUGAAGCUAAUAUCUAUCGUCUAUAAUAUGAUUUUUAGGGCGCCUUGGUAGAUCCACGAGACAAACUAUGUCGCACCCCUCUCUUCUUAGCAGCUGAAAAUGGUGGAACGGAGGCUGCCAAGGUUUUGAUUGACAAUGGUGCUGACGUAACUGCCAAAGAUGUUGAUCUCCGAUCCUGUGUCAGAGUGGCUGUGGGACAUACUGCCACAAUGACAGUGUUAUUAUCGGUAUUGUAGCGAAACGAAUAUCAGUGACGGUUGACGUAACGAAUACAAAAAAAAAAUGACAACAAGAGUAAUAAAAGUAAUAAUUGUUUUUUUUUUUUUUUUUUUUAAGGCUAAUAAAUCAAACAAAUAAAUAAAAAUAUAUAAGCUCACAGUUGUGAAGAAAAUUCGGACAAUGAAAAAGAUCUGGUUUUUGGAGAUGACACAUAACAACCCUCCUUCCCUUUGAUAUAAUUUUACUUCACAUUCACCAUCACAAUAUUUCUAUCACAUUUCUAUUAUUGCAUUUGAUUGUAUCACUUUUCGUUACUUUAAAUUUUGAUGCUUACAACUCUCUAGUUCCCUUAUUGUUUUUUUCACAGAAACGCGAAGCUAUACCACUGAUAACUGACAAGGAUAUCACAGGGUUUGCUCCAGUCCACUAUGCUGCAAAAUGCGGCAAUCUUCAGGUAUGAAUUUAAGCCAGAGCCACAGGGAACCCGAACGCGGUAUUAGCUAAUAGAAUAAUUAAAUGUAUUUACACUGUAUUAGCUAAUAAAAUCAUAGUACUAAAAUGUAUUAGUACCUGUGUUCCUGUUUCUUUAUGAGUCCUUUUGGAAGGGAUUUUAGACCGAUCAGAGACGGUUCACCAUGGUUAACAUUGCCGGUAUCAAAUGGAUGUUUGUCUGGCGCUUCGUAAAUGAAAGGAGGGGACGGUUACAAUUACAGUUUACAUUUUAGAAUUUCGGCUCUUAUACAAAUUAAACCUUUGAGUCCUCAAUUUUUCGUUUAUUGUAUUUAGACUAAUGCUAAACAAUUAAAACCAAUCAGGAAAAUUUUAAAGCCUUCUAUUCCUUGGUAAUAAUUCAAUGUUUUCUUCUCGCCCCAGUCUUUCUCUAAAAGGAACGUUACAGUUUAUAUAAAACAAUUAAUUUCCAAAAACCGCGAUGAGUUCCACAAACCUUGUACUGAUUGUCAAAAAAAAAACGUGUAAACUCAAUUCAAUCAAAGCUCUUAAAAGUGGUGUAAAUUUAAAUCAAAACAACUAGUAAUAUAUGGGUGUGGCAAGUCACGUAACAAAGAAAAUUCACCAUUUAAAAUGAAUCUGAUGUAUUUUUGUAGAAAAAGGUCACGCAUAAGUAGACCACCUCCCUACAAAUUUUCCGAGACCCAUUCCUUAACACCGGAGUAUCAGCACGUCCUUUUCUUAUUUCCCAUAGAACAUCUUACUGUUUAUGAAGAGAAAUAAGGCCGCAACUAUUGUGACGUCAGAUGCACUUGACACUGCUCUUCACGGCGCCGCCAGGUAUUGUCUCCUCAUAAUACAUGCACUAUACAGAUCGAGAAAGGAUGUAUUUUAUUGAUGAGUUAGCAAUUUCAGUAUACACACUAAACCAACAUCCUUUUUGUUUUCAACUAGGCCCGGAAUAUUUGUAGUUUUAAAAUAAUUCGAAUAAAUCGCAUUUUAUGCAGAAAGAGGCAUCAACACUUUUGAAUUUUUAUAUUAUUAUUUUUUUUAGAUAUGGAUGGUUAGAAAUAGUUGAUGCUUUAUUAUCUGGCCGGAAUGUUCGUUCAAUUAAUGUGAAAAACAAUCAAGGAAAGACAGCUUUGCAUUUCGCAUGUGUAGAAGGACAUGACCAAGUUGUUGAACUCCUACUCAAGCUUGGCGCGACUGUGCAAAGGUAACCUUUCCAUUUAGUAUCUGUUGAUGGUAGUUUUGCGUUGUAACUAAGAUAUUUAACAAUUAUUCCUCGAGCCCGAAUGGGCUAUUGAUUCAGCGGCCAUGACGAGGAGAGGAAUAAUUGUUUCAGUAAACUCCAACUUGUUGGUCAAAAAUAUCGAGACCAAACAUCUUUAGCUAGCAAAAAAAAGGUUUUCAAAGCCGUCGCUUUUCGCUACUAGUCGGCUAUAACAUAUAGCCUAGUAGUAGCUCAACCAAUCAGAACGCAGCAGUGAUAAUAGACCACUAGUUGGAUUUUACUACUAUCAGCUCAGUCGGUAAAGCGCUUGACUACAGAGCGAGAGGAAACGGGUUCCAUUCCUGGAGCCGGACCAAUACUCACUCUUUUUCCACUGCAAGCGGCUAGACCUUCCCAUGACUCCGAUGACCACGUAAAAUGGCGGUCCCCUCUCUAGGAGACGUAAGAAUUGUGUCCCCAGUUAAUAUAUAUAAAUAAAUCGUGCUAAAUACAUUGACACUCAGAUAAACUGCAUUUUUUAACGUCCUCUUAUCCAUUCUACGCUUCCAUUGAAGCUCACCUCGUGGCAAUUACAUUUCAUUUGCACGCGGGUAUUCUUUCGUCCUUUACUUUGUAUCUUUCAUGAGAUUAUCCUGAGUGGCAGGAAUUUGGCCUGCAUCUAUACUGCAAACACAAAGAGGAGAAGCUGUUAACUCACCGAUAAGCAUUAUUAAUUAGGGGAUCCAAGCAGGUUAUUUUUACCCUCGGUAAGGUAUGAAAACCGUCGGUCAAACAAAACUGUUAUUUCCCUGGAAUUUUUAGUGCAUACGUAACGCGAUAUUUAAUAACAAUAAAUGAUACGUGAAUGUAAUAAUUCAAAUGGUCCAGAAGGAAAAUUGUUGGAACUCAUAAAGGUCGGUAAAGUUCUGCAAAAAAAACCUCUUGUUUUAGCGAUGGGUUUGGAUGAAUUUUGCUCGCAUAAUGGCUUAUUCUGGCUGCCAGCAAUUCUUGUAAAAAUUCUCCUCGAGUUCUGCUCAGUAUCUAAAAUGUUUUCGGUCCUUUUUUCCACUGGCAUUUUCACAAAAACGAAAGGAAGCCCAGACUCCUAAAUACUAAUUAGAAAAUAGCUACAUUAAUCACAAAAUCUCUCGGUUUGUUGUGCUAUUUUUUUUUUUUUAAUUUUGUUACAAAUGUUACGUGAUUGAAUAGUGAUGCUUUUUCUCUGAUUUUGCUCUCAAAUUAUGCUCGAAAAUACCUUACUGUGCCAGAAAAAUACUAGCUCAUUCUGCUGAAUAUUCUGCCAGGCGCAGUAAAAUUUGUCCAAGCCUACAUGUUUGCUAAGGUAAGAUGUAUAUAGGAUUCCUGGUUUAAACAUACCAGUCAUUUGUAACUUCAGUGAUCAUAGCGAUAGAACAGCCCUUCACGUUGCUGCUAUGAGAGGAUCUACGCAAUGUGUCAAGUAUCUGUUGCAGUAUCAACCUCAAUGCAUUAACCACUUGGACAAACAUCAGGUGAGUGAUUUCCGAGUAUUUUUCAAACUAAACAACAACAACUAACCAAAAACAACAAGGACAUGUGAUUGACUCCACCUAAAGGCCAAACCUAAAAGCGGAGCUCCUGCUAAAUACGAACCAUUAUUUGUUUGAAACAAUAAAUUUUUUAGCCAUUGCAAUCGAAAUUUAUUCAUCUGAAAUACGCACAAAACAAACUUGAAACCACGAUCCAAAGGAUAAUUAACAACUUCUACAAACAUCAAAAUGAUAUGUACCCUUUAUUUUCCUGCAUGAGCCAAUGUUUUGGCCUUUCUAGAGAUUUAAUAACCGAAGGUAUCUUUUGACAGCUGUAACUGACUUUCUGUGGUUAGCAUAUUAACCUGUAAUUUAUUGCGUAUUCAUUUUGUUAUAGUAACUUGGGAGCUUCAUCGAAUUGUUAAUUAUGUCUCUUGCAUGAAAAAAAAAAAAAACUUCAGCGAGAUCACGGGUAACUAACUGAACCGAUAGUUAUCUCAACAUAUUAGGAAAUAAAUUGACGAACGAACUUUUUUUCAUAUAGAACACUGCAUUACAUUUGGCUGCUAUUCACGGUCAUCCAGAAGUAAUAUCCUGUUUAUUGGCUUGUAAAGAACAAGAGAUCCUCCAGAACAAUAAAAAUCAAAAUGCGUUGGACGCAGCCAUGGAGGCCGAAAGGAAAACUUCCUUACUCGCAAUUGCAAGUCAUGAAAGGUGAGCAAACAUUCUUUUUAAUUUUUAGAUAAUUGAAAAUCUAAUUAAAAUAAAAGGCAUCAUGAAAUUAUUUUCUUUUUUAAAUUCAUAUUUAGUAAGUUUCAAUUUAAGAUACCUUGUGGAGGAAAAGUUACUUGUGGUAAAAAGCUACAACUCGCAUUUAAAAGGGAAAAGAAUUUUCGUUUAAGAAAAUUGAGAUUAUAAACCUUCAUACGUUUCCUUGGUCCAUUGAGUGUUUUAAAAACAGUGGAAUAAGAAGGGAAGAGAGCACGGGAGGUGUAGAGGAGGGGCCAUCUUUUACACUUGCAUCGACUGCUCUCUCGAGCCACGCAAGUAUCUAUUGUAUAGACUACGAGCCAAACAGCUUUCCUACUUCAUACAGUGGUAGUAAGAUUUUACACUUUUUUUUUUCUGCAGAUGGAGAGAGUUGCUAAUGUCAUCGGCCCCAGGUCACCUGUCACAGAUGCAAGUUUUAGUCGUCAAAUUUCCUGAAGUUGCAACGGUAAGAAAAGUGGUCAUCCUCACUGGAUUUAAUGUAGGAUAAAUUUAAUAACCUGAUGAUAAUAAUAAAUAUAAUAAUAAUGAUAACAAUAAUAAUAAUAAUCAGGGCUCCUUUUUACGAGUAUUUAAAGCUACUUAAAGCUACACGGAAAGGAAAGACGUCGAAAGAAGGAUUUGUGGUCGCAUCUGGCAAUCGAACUGGGGACGUUACGCACAGAAGGCUGCGAACGAACUAACUGCGCUAAUUCUCCUUUCUAAGGGUUGAUUUCCAGUGUCGCGUAUUUUUUACUUGCGGACGUGCGUAAAAUUUACGUUUGCAAACAAAAAAAAGGCAAUGCAUGAAAGGUCGCUCGUAAGCGUAAAAGUUGAACCUCGCUCAACUUCUCGUUGAAGCUCAGUACUUUCUAUCUUGCGUCCCUUUUAUUUACGCGAUUAAAAUUUACGUACGUCAACCUACAUAGCCAAAACGCGAUAGUGGAAAUCAAUCUUUAAGGAGGGAAAAUCAUUGUUGUGCAUAAUUUUUUUUACAGAAGUCAAUGUAUUAGGUGUUGACAGUAGUUAGAUUACGAAGAAAUAAAUGAAAUAAAUACGUCUUGUAUUCAAUUUUAAGAGGGGUCGAAGUCACGUCAGUUUGCAUCGGGCCAAAAAUAAAAUUAACUACGAAGGCCCGUUCCAUUAUGAUAAUAUUUUCAAUGAAUACGUCUUUUUUUAAGCGUACUUGAACAAAUAAUUUAUAGCUGAUGCAGCACUUUUCUCCUCUGUAGCGUUUUUUGGACCAGUGCAUAAUCAAUGAAGGGAACCCCGAUGGCGAAGAUUACACAGUAAGGGUUUAUUUGUAACCUCAAAAGCUUAGUCAUUAGCCCGGAUAUAAUGCUUGCUUCGUUUCAUUGCUUACUAAAAAUAAAGAUCAAUUUAGGAAUGUAAUACUUUAGACGUGAUCCCGACAAUUAAGAUCUCCUCCGUACAGAUUAUCCACUCAAGAUCGAGUCUAAGACAACACUGUGGGGAUGACCAAAGUUAUGUUCUUAGCUAUUCUUUUACUUCCUUGCUACGGAGUCAGUAUCAGUAAAUUAUUGUAAAGUAACCAAGCUUUUAACUCUGCCGCUCUCAAGUCCUCAUAACUUCAUAACUUUUCUCUUUCGUUUUGUUUUCUUUGUUUGGUUUUCUUUUUUGUGCAGGUUAAUGUUUUUGUUUUGUUCUUUCUUUUUUUGGUUCAGGUAACCUACGAUUUGUCCCUCAUUCAAGGAAAGCCGAAACGAGGCCAAGACUAUCUGAUGGUACUGAAGGUAACUUUCUUUUUUUCCUUCUUUUUUAAACUUAAUAAUUAAAAUGCGUUAAUUUUGCAAUCAGACUUGACAUUUUCUGAUGUUUUCAAUAAUCACCUGUUUGUGGCGAAGCUGUAACCAAACACCAAAAACACCAACUUCCUCUACAGACCAUGUUGAAACAUCAAAGAAUCAGCUGUUUGUCUCAUCCAAUUUGCUUCAUUGCUAUGAGUACCAAAUGGUAAGAUACACAUAUAUCAUGUCAUUGUUUGAACAUUAUUAUUGUUCUUCUUCUUCUUAUUAUUAUUACUAUUAUUAACAUCAUUAUUAUUAUUGUUAGUAGUAGUAGUAGUAGUAGCAGCAGCAGCAGCAGCAGCAGCAGCAGUAGUAGUAGUAGUAGUAGUAGUAGUAGUAAUACUGCUACUAAUAAUACCACUAUAAUAAUUAAUAAAUUUAAAAGAUAUAUUAAUUAAUAAAAAAGAUACAUGUAAAGUGCUCUGUAGCUGUUAUUUAUUUAAUUAAAUUUCUUUCGCGGCAAGCUUUUCAUCUGUCCUUUCAGUUCAUUGUCUUUAGUUGAGGAGGAUAAAUUUUCUUACUUGCCACCCACAUACAACGGGAGUUUAAGCUAAAACCAGCUGUUAGAAACAGGAGUCUUUCAUCUUAGCAUGUUUUACCUCCCUACGUCUUUCAGGAAAUUUUUUGGAUGGAAAACCAUAACCAUCAACAUGAUUUUGUAUCUCCUAUUUGUGAUUCCGCUGACUGUUCUUGCUGUCAUGGAGCGCGCUAAUGAAAAACGUUUGUGCAACAUAAAUGAAUCUUGGACAAGAAAGGUAAUUUUAGAGAUAAGGUAUCGUUAUCUGUCUCAAUGUCACUCCGGGAGAUGUCAAGUGCGUGAUUUAAUUUACUAAGAAUUGUUUUAUGCAAUUCCUCGUUUCAUAAAAAAACACAAUUAUGUUAUGUAUUAUGGGUUUUGAAAACUAGUCAAUUAUUGCGUUCGGCAAAGGAGAACGCAUACUAAUCCAGUCCCGCAGGUUAUCCCGAUACCUCGUUCGGAAUGUCAUGAAAUUUCACGGUUUGGACUCCAUCUUAGACUGGCCGGCGCGUUUGGUCUCGAUGACUCUGUUUAAUAUUACUAGAGAGAUUCAGCUUAUUUUUCCCGAUGCGGUUACUUGAGAAGCUUUUGUCAUGCACUAAAGUUAUGUGAGAGGUGAAAGCCGGCUUUGCCACAUCUGUGAAGCAAAAUGUUUGACCUGUUGUUUAUAUUCAAUUAAAUGUAUAUUUAAAUGUCACUUGAGAGGAAAGACCUACAUCUAUUUGCUGUCGAUGUCCAGUUCACUGGUACCGUAUUUAUUGGAUUAACCGCCCUGGGCGCUUAUUAAAUUUUUGGACCUUGAGAGUGGGCGCUUAUUCGAGGCUGGACGGUUAUCAACUUUCUCUGCCUUUAGGAUAGACCCUUAUUCGUGGUGGGCGCUAAUUCGUGGUUGAGGGCUUAUUCGAAUAAAUACGGUAUCGUGGAACUUGCAGAUAGGAUAAUAUUUCUCUUUAAGCUAAUAAUUAUUAUAUAAAAAAAUUCGAACGCACUCACCAAUCUAAGAUUACUUCUAGUCUAAAAGUCUAAAGUUAACGGUGGAAUGGCAAAAUGAUGGUUUGAAACACCUGUUUAUUGAAAAGCUAAUUCUAUGGAAGUGUUAACAGAAGUUGAUGUUCAAAGCUGUGAAUAAAUUGGCACUAACUUGUUUUAUCGUUGCUUACAGGACUACAUUAACUUGGACGUCCCGUGCAGACAAUCUGACAAGGUAUUACAUUGCCAAUACAUCUCAACCUACAUCAUUUCCAAUACUCACCACCUAUAACUGCGGAAAGUGCGAUUCCCUUGAGUAGUUCAAGUGGUGUGAGUUGUAAAAGAAUGUUUACAGUUAUUGUCUUUUGUUUUGUUGUUUUUUACUUUAUGCGGAAGGCGCUGAUCAGAACAACUAUAAGAGUGGAGCGAAGCAAAACAACUUUGAACACAAAUUUGUUUUUUAAUACCCCUGAAUGAACUGAUAAUUUUUAAAGGACUUUCAUUGUCCUGUAACCACUGGCAGUCCGGCCAUGUUUAGUUUAGUGAAAAGUGUAGGAACAUAACAAUUUUCAUCGCGGUUUUCUUAUUUGGAUUGUAUAAUUCUUUUCAAUUACAGGUGGCCCAGUUUCUUCAGUAUUUCGUAGCUAUAAUCACAAUGGUUCACGGAAUGAAGAAACUUUUUCAAUUGAAAAUGCAGGUUGGUACUCUAAUAAGGCGACAUUAUUAUUUGAUGUUGGCAAAUGAAGCGGCAUGUAGCAGCUUUCCUAACCCUAAAAACCAAUUGUUUCGAUACCCUUACCGUGAAACAAUAAGAAAUAAUGAUAAAUGUGUUAUUGCUUUUUGCGACCAAUGAGGAAACACCUUACUAGCAGCUCCUACAUUACUGAAGAGAGCGGCACCAAAGCACCAGUUACUAAAAAACAAAUUAACAUUGCAAUUUACUGAACAAAAACAUUUGUAAAUAUUCUAAAACGAUGAGUCUCCGAUCCACGGAAUUGUUUUCAGGAAAGUCUAUGAGGUAGUAAGGACGAUAAAAAAUUAGAAAUAUUUUAAAUGAAUAUGAAAAAAAAAAACAAUUAUCGAAUCAGUCUUUCGUGUGAUAUGAAGAAUUAAGUAAAUCUCGUGGGGAUCCACCGAGGCCGUUGGCACUCUCCCGGUGAUCUUCUUAAUCCUUCAUAUACUCAGCUUCAUUCAAUAAAUGUUCACCAUCACUUUUAUUUUCUAGCGCCAUCUGCAGGAAAUUAGUCUCCCUCGCAGCCGUUUUUGUCUCGUCACUCAGCGCUCGUCGAGGAGCCUUUCGUGACGAGACAAAAAGGGCUGUGAGGGAGACUGGCAUGAAACGACGUGCUAACUUUCCUCACAACUUUUCCUUUUUAUAUAUUCACCGGUUUCAGAAAAAGAGAUAUCUCGUCUUCUUUUCUCACUAUCUGGAAUGGAUUGCCUACGUGUCUGCCCUUGCUUACAUUCUCCCGGCGUGUGAUUGUAAACUAGGAUACAAGACGGAAGUGGGUGCAAUCGCUUUGUUCUUUGGUUGGGUGAAUCUCAUUCUUUUCCUCAGAAGGUAAUUGCUGAUUGGAUUAAAAGGCCACAUGAGUCACUGGCGUCAAUAGUGUUUUCACUCACGUGGCCAACAUAUUUGCAAUUUAUUAUAACAAAACAAGGCCUAACCCAAUACAGGACUUUGUUUGAGACAGGUUUCAUUGUCUGAGGCUCCAAUAUGGCCGCCGUGACGUCACGACAAAACGCUCCAUAUAUUUUAUCCGAGUAUACUGUUCACAGCAGACUAGUGGUUCAUUCGACUGAUCGUAUUCCGGAAGAGGAAUACGCAAACUUUUGUUGCAAAUCUCUUGUACCGUGCUUUCAUGGGCCACUUAUCAUCGAUGUAUCUAAAAAGUUUAUUCCACAUUCCGGACUAUAGUUAAGUAUUUAUGAACCAAAUUAAUGCUGGCAUAAAAUUCGUAGACAAGCGGUGUGAGUCGAGUGGUGUUUCUAUUUUCAUCUAUGUUAACAGUAGGGUAAACGUCGAGAAAUGGAAUUUUUAUGGCAUUUUUGUUCAUUAAUAACGGACGAAUUGUAAUGUACAAAUAUUCAAGUGCCACUCAGUGUUGGAUGUUUUUCUAUACAAAUUACUGUUCACGUUUUGCCUAUAUUUCUCUAGACUAUAACUUUCGGGAUCGAUCACUGAGUCGGGAACGUUGCUUACAUAAGUUCCUAGAAAGGAGCACAAAUGACUGAUGGGAGGCAUAUAGGUGAUGACAUUAUAUCGAACAUAUCAAUCUUUAUUUCUAAAUUCACAGGAUUUCCUCGUAUGGUCGGUACAUAAUAAUGCUAACGACAAUGUUUUUCACGCUUUUUAAGGUUAGUGCUUGAUCAAUUUGCACCUGUCCUCUUUGGUCAGUUAACAAUUUGUUGUCUUUAGAGUGUAAAAAAGCGCUUCUAACAUCAUAUACUGGUUAUUCAAGGCUUAAUUGCACGAAAGAGACUGCUGUUAUCUGGUACCUAGAUUCCAGUACUUGUAACUAUCUCCGCUGGUUUAAUUUUGUCAUCCAAAAAUAUAGCUAGGCAAAAACGUUCGGUUUUGUAAGUCAUGUGGUUUUGUUGUUGAAAUUACUGCUUCUAUUCCAGGUCCUCUUGCUGUUUUUCCUCUUCGUCAUGACAUUUAGUAGUGCGUUCUACUUGCUCAUGGAUGAAACGAAGGUAAGCUCUCAACAGUUUUUUCGUUGUUAUUGAUGAAUGGCAAAGACUUAAGGUCAUGAUGCACGGCAAUUUCUUGUGUUCGCUUGAACUGUUUUGACUUGUGCAACGCGAUUUUGCGAAAAAAUAGUGGCGCACGAAUUACAUCGUCACUAAAACUUUAUGGGGAGUGUUGGCCUGAAAAAACGGCUGACAUUACGCGAUGCCACCACUGGUUUCCCGACCAAAUGACGAUGUAGGAACGAGACUCAAAAUUUCCUGCUGAUGACCCGGAUCUGUGUAGUGCUAUUAAUUGGUCGCGCCGUGAAGGAAAUUUGCUUCAGUCAAUCAAUAAAAAUUUGCUAUGGCGCCAUGAGCCUGCCAUGAACUGGAAAAAUCAUCCCGUAACAUUUUUUUCGGACUUAUUACAUCCAUUUGGAAAUCACAGGUGAUCCUUGCAAUCUGAUUGGCUCAGAGCGAUGUGAUUUAUUCACGAAUCGCACUAUUUUGUGCUCUAAAUCGCAUCUUUUUUUCAACCAAUGAGAAAGUAGCACUUAAACAAAACAACCAAUCAGAUUUCAAGGAUCAUUCACAGUAACCAAUCAAAUUGCAGGAAAACAAAAAACAAAUAAAGGCAAUAUUGUGUGGCAAACUUUGUGCAAGUUUUUUGUUGCCAAAACUUUCUUUUUACAAAGGCAAAAAUGGACGAAUUUAAUUACUUACAGUUUCUUAAUGAUGAUAGUGAGCUCCUUGAGGCUGAAGAAGUUCUUUUAGGGGAGUUUCCGACAUUCAGUGUCCAGUUUGACGAAUAUUUUGAUAAUUUUUCCUCCACAUCCGCUCCGGAUGCGUGCGAUCCCGAGUCCAGCAACAAAGAGACAAAUCCAGAGCCAACUCAGAAAGUACAAAAUGUAGAUUCUACCAGGUUCCCUGAAAUCUCAAGCGAAGAAAUUGAAGAGCUCAAGGCUGUUGCCGUCAACAAAAAUACCUCCCGCUCGACAAAACAGUGGAUGAAUGUAUUCAAAAGUUGGUGCCAGUCUCGUCAUCUAGAAAAUGUAAACAUAGAAACAAUGGCGCCGGAAGAGCUCGACAACAUCCUGAGCAAGUUCUACGCCGAAGUACAAAAAAGAGACGGAGAUGAUUACGAGCCGGAAUGCCUUAAAAUCAUGCAGAGUGCCAUUGAAAGGUAUUUAAAGGAGAAGAAUUAUCCACUGAGCAUCGUACGAUCGAGGGAGUUUCACAACUCACAAGAAAUCCUCCACGCGAAGGCAAUUUCUCUGCGACAACAAGGAAAGGGGAAAAGACCAAACAAAUCUCAGCCUCUCACUUCGGAGGAAGAGUCUUCCCUCUGGCUAAAAGGUCAGCUUGGUGAUUUUAGCGGAAAAGUCUUGACCAAUGUGAACUUCAAAAACUUGACUGAGCAACUUGGAUUUAGAGGUCGCCAGGAGCACUAUGACGCCUACGUAGAGGACUUCGUUAUAAGACAACAAGAAGACGGCAGCGAAGUUGUAGAAUUCCGUGAAGGUCCCACUAAAACACGAAGCGGUGGUCUAACAAUAUCGCGAGGAACAACACCACAAGUUAUGUAUUCCACCGAUGGCGGAAAAACUGAUCCAGUGCGCCUUUUCAAGCUUUGGUUAUCCAAGCGACCCGACGGAAUGAAAGAUAAAGGGCCACUGUACCUGAGCGUUAUAAAUCGUCCCAAAUCAAAUGAUAUCUGGUACAACAAAAUUAGAAUGGGCGAAAAUACCAUCGGCAACAUCAUGAAAUCCAUGGCCUCCUGUCUUAAGACGAACAAAAAACUGACCAACCACAGCAUGAGAAAAACGUUGGUGUCCAAAUUGAAAAAGUCUGGUCAGCCGCGCAACGUUAUUUGUGAAAUAACAGGCCAUGCACGUGAAUCUUCGUUGGACGACUACGACGAAAUAGACGAGAAUCAACGGAAAGAACUGUCUCACAUAAUUAGCGGUUUUAAAGUAGUGCCAAAUGAAAACGGUCCCAACGACGUUUCCAAUCAAAACAGUACAGCUGCAAAGGCACCAACAAUUCAAAACACAGUCCAACAGCCAGUCCUACACCAACGAGCACCACUUGUUCCUAUUAAUCGCGCCCAACAGCAAGGUCAAAUGCAUCAGGCCAUGGAAUUCCUGAAUCCUGAUUUUCAGGCUGCUGGUUUUGCAGGAUUUCCGCCAAGUUGUCCCUCACAGUUUCAGUACCGCAUGGCAGCGUUGACGUGUGCUGGUAAUCCUGCUGCUUCAUCGCAGAAUUACACCGCAGAAGAAGCGAAGGGCCGACAUUAUUGAGUCAGACGACGAGGAUUAAACUUUGAAGAAGACUAUUUUUGCACUGACAAGAUUUUAGAACUGCUUGAACAUUUGCACGAACGAAGUUUUUGCGCUCCAAUGGGUUUUUUGUAAAGUGACAUCUGUCAUUUUGUUUUGUUGACAUGCACGUACAUGUAAAAGUGUUUCCGGUUCCGCUUUUUACGAACCAGCAUUUUGGACCAAUAAAUACAGAUUAAAAAAAAAAGAGUGAUUUCAAAAUGGAUGUAAUAAAGUGGUAAUUGAACUUCGUGUCGUGCAAUUUUGGUCUGAAAUCAUACUUGUGAUUUCAAAUCGAACUCGCGCUGCGCGCUCGUUCGAUUUCGAAAUCACGCGUAUGAUUUCAGACCAAAUUGCACUCCACUCAGUUCAAUUACCAUUAUUAAUCUUUUAUUAAUUGGUCCAGAGAUAAAUAGUGUUUUUUUUCUUUUCCUUUUUUUUUUCUCGUUAAAAUGUGUGCGUGAGAGGAAACAUUUUGAAGUAUUCGGCACGAGCCUUUUGGUGAAACAAAUUUACCCAUGUGACAAUAAUGUAUUGUUUACUAUUUCCCUGAUAACCCAUGUUCCUGCAUGUCUCUGCUGACAGUCGCACCUUGAUACAUGCAUAUGCGCAUGUGCGUACAGUAUAGUAGUUACUUCAGUAAAGCAUCACCCCUUGUAUUACCACAUUGAAUGCUCCAAGACCAUCACUUUUUAGAGUCUCUGUAAAGAAGGGUCCCGAUCCCCGCAUUCCCGCUCCUUUUUCACUAGAAUCCCGAAUGUCUUCGCUGUCCCGAAAAUAGUUUUCAUCCCAAUCCCGCGCGCAUUGUGCCCACACUUAAGCAAAUGCCGCUUUCCAGAUAGCAGUCAAAUUGUGUAUGCCGUUAACAUUUCCCGAAUCCCGCUCUGUAUUUUGGCCAAAUCCCGGAUCUCGAGAGUAUCCUUCGAGACCCUGUUUUCUAUUACUCACACUUGACACUGUUUGAUUUCAGUUCGCUACUUUCCCUACAUCGAUGAUGACGGUCUUUGUGAUGACUCUGGGCGAGAUGAGCUACGAAGACCGGUUUAUGCCCUGGGACAGCCUGGAAUACGCUACUCUCGCCAAUAUUCUGUUUUUAAUGUUUGUGCUUGGAAUGCCUAUCAUCCUUAUGAACAUGUUGGUAAGUAGACUGUUAUAACACGAGAGAAAUAAAAGUUCUAGACUUGCAGUUAAUCUGAGUAUAUGAGCUGUAAAAGUAAAUUAACCGCGACUUGUGCUGAUCACCCUUUGACUAGCUACACCUUGGGGUCUUUUGAACGACUUAUAGUCUCCUUCCUAAAAGGUUUUCUUAGAAAGGUUUCUCAAAAACUAAAAUACUGCGGCUUUGUAAACGCUAACGGUCCUUGGUGUUCUUUUUGUUGUUGUUGUUGUUGUUGUUGUUGUUGUUUUAUCUUUUUCUUUUUCACCCCUAAAUCAUGCAAUCGUCUUUGUACCAAAUAAAAUCCCACCAGUAAGGGAAAUUUGUGCCAUCGCAUGAGACAUUUCUCUACAAGCUUUAUUUAUCGUUCAAUUCUUCCAAUUUUAGGUAGGUCUUGCAGUUGGAGACAUUGACAAGAUUCAGGCACACGCAGCGAUUGAUCGAUAUAUGAUGCAGGUAUAAUAGAAGAUGAUGAUAAUAAACGCAAGGAAAAAUGUUGAUUUAAAGGUACCUGUCAUAGGUCCAGCUAAUGUAGUAAAUAAAGCCUGAAGCUUGAGCCACACCCAGACUGCGCGGCUGGUAUACUUCAUGAGGCUUGGUUCGAGUCUUCCCUAAAAAAUACGUCCGGGUAUACUCAGGAUCACUCUUUUGGCGCCACUUAUGUAUCACCAUUUUUGCAUUGCCUUGACUAUUUGAGCUAUUAUGAGGACCCAUAUAUUGGGAGCAGGCCAAUUUGUUGCGUUCAUCUUAACCCGUGAAAGGAAUGAAACACAGAAUGAUGAUGUGAACAGCGGAAAUACAAAUUUUAUAUGAAGAUAUGAUCGUCGCAUUGGUAAUUGCAGUUUUAUGUUUCAUUCCUUUCACGGGUUAAGAUGAACUCAACAAAUUGGCCUGCUCCGAAUGUAUGGGUCUUCAUAGUUCAAUUGGUCACAGCACUGCAGCACUAACACAGAGGCCAUGGGUUAGAAUCCCGUUGAAGUCCCGCAUAUUUUGGGGGGGUUAAUUUGCCAUUGCUUAAAUUUUCUUUCUUUUUUUAUUUUGCCUGUUUUUUUUUUUCAGGUGGAGUUAGUGUUGGAUAUGGAAGAGAUGCUUCCUGCAUGUCUCGCGAAACGAGCUCAUGUGACGAAACAAGUCGAGUAUCCAAACAGAAACGAAUCCAAGGUAUGAGUAGUAACAUUCAACCGAUUUUUCAAAGUCGUGAACUUAUCCCCAUAGCUUUAUGUAGCUAUAAAGAAAGAGUAAAUCUACAUGUACAAAAUCAGUCAAGGAAUGGAGCGACGGACCUCUGACUUGAGAAUAAUCUAUCGCCUUCAGGGACUGUAAAUUAAAAAUCACUCAAUCUGACUGAAGUUAUCACUGAAACUAAAGCAAGAUGUUGAAUUAUUUUUGCAUACCUUCCUAUUGUGAAAUACAGUCUCAUAUGAAGUAUAUUUUCACACGCAUUUUCUAGCUUAGCCAUAAAUCAUAUCUGACUAAAAACUUGCAGCAAUUUUAAUAUUGUAUAUAACCGAAACUACGAGAAGUUUUCAUGGUGGAUAAAUUUGGAUACAAAUAGAGGCCUUUACAUUUGAUUAUUUUCUCGAGGAAAAUAAGUUGACAGCUUUCCAGGUGUUGCUAGUUUUGUAUAAUAGUGCAAUAAAAUUAAUGUGUCGUUACUAGCAUAUUUUUUCAUUCAUUUAAUCGAGUAAUGUCUUCUUUAGCUGUAUGACAGGUUCUUAGGCUUUAGCCCGCCUGGAGACGAGAAACAGGAAGACGAAGCCUCCCCUGAGCACAUGUCUCUGCUGGAUAAAAUGAAGGAGCAGGAGGAGAGGUAA